UCAACGGACGGCUUCACAAUUAGCUUUCUAAGAUGAGGAUUUUAUUUUCUGUGCUUUUGUGUCUUACUUUGGCUGUCUGCAGCAAAAUAGGAACUUAUCGGAAUGACUUUGUCAUAGGUGAACGUCAAAAAGACGAUUACCUCAUUACUAACAGAACUAUUAUUAAGCCUUCCCUUUUCAAGCCUAUGAUAAUCACAAUAUGUGUAAGAGCUCCAGACAAUACAAUACUUACCCAUAUUAAAAUGACAAAUAUAGGAAAUCAACAAACUCGAUUUAUACCGAAAAGACUUAGUAAGACAAAUAUAGCUAUAAUAGUUGUUGGAAGACAUAGGGAAGGAAUGAAUAUACACGUGGAAGGUUAUGCAAAAAGUACUUUAACAACACCUGCUCCAAGUACAACUAUCAAGAUACCUAAUAAUGAAGAUAAGAGCGCAUCUAGUAGUGAAGAAAGUAAGAACACAUCUGAAACUUCUGAAAAUAGUGAAGAAAACAAUGGAAAUAACAACGCACCUGAUGCCGGGGAUGAAAACAAUAGCGGAUCCAAUGCCGAGGAUAAAAACAACAGCGCAUCCGAAGCAGGGGAUAGAAGUAACAACUCAGCCGAAGGUGGCAAUGGAGGAAACAGCGCACCCAAUGCCGGAGAUGGAAAUAAUAAUUCAGCUAAGGAUAGCAACGGAAGAAACAGCGCACCUAAUGCCGGAGACGGAAACAACUCGGCCAAGAAUGGCAACGGAGGAAACAACGCACCUGAUGCAGGAGAUAAAAAUAAUAACUCAGCUGAAAGUAGCAAUGAAGGAAACAGCGCACCCGAUGCUGGGGAUGAAAAUAACAACUCAGCCAAGGAUGGCAACGGAGGAAACAACGCACCUGAUGCAGGAGAUAAAAAUAACAACUCAGCUGAAAAUGGCAAUGAAGAAAACAGUGCACCCGAUGCCAGGAAUGGAGGAAACAGUGCAUCUGAUGCCGGGGAUGGAAAUAACGACUCAGCCAAUGAUGACAAUGGAGGAAAUAGUGCACCCAAUACCGGGAAUGGAAGAAACAACGCACCUGAUGCUGAUGAUAAAAAUAACAACUCAGCCAGAAAUGGAAAUGGAGGAAACAGCGCACCUGAUAUCAAAGAUGGGAACAACAACGCACCCAAUAUUGGGAAUGAAAACAACAGCGAACUCGAUGCAGAGGAUAGAAAUAACAACUCAACCGAAGGUGACAAUGGAAGAAAUAGUGCAUCCGAUGCCAAGAAUACAGGAAACAACGCACCUGAUGAUGAGAAUGAAAAUAACAACUCAGCCAAAGAUGGAAACGGAGGAAACAGCGCACCCGAUACCAAAGAUGGGAACAACAACGCACCCAAUACUGGGAAUGAAAACAACAGCGAACUCGAUGCAGAGGAUAGAAAUAACAAUUCAACCGAAGGUGACAAUGGAAGAAAUAGUGCAUCCGAUGCCAGGAAUACAGGAAACAACGCACCUGAUGAUGAGGAUAAAAAUAACAACUCAGCCAAAGAUGGGAACGGAGAAAACAGCGCACCUGAUACCAAAGAUGGGAACAGCGCAGGAAAUAGAAAUAACAAUUCAACCGAAGGUGACAAUGGAAGAAAUAGUGCAUCCGAUGCUAGGAAUACAGGAAACAACGCACCUGAUGAUGAGGAUGAAAAUAACAAUUCAGCCAAAGAUGGAAACGGAGGAAACAGCGCACCUGAUACCAAAGAUGGGAACAGCGCAGGAGAUAGAAAUAACAAUUCAACCGAAGGUGACAACGGAGAAAACAAUGAUGCUGGGGAUGAGCUGGAUGAGAAUACCAAUUCAGCCAAAAAUGGCGACGCAGGAAACAGCACACCCGAUGCCGAGGAUGGAAAUAAUAACCCAAUAGAUGAGGCUAAAAGAAACACCGCACCUGAUGCUAGGGAUGAAAAUGACAACUCAGCCAAAAGUGGCGAUGGAGAAAACAGCGCAGCCAAUAUCAGCAAUGGAAACAGCAUACUUGAAAAUGGCGAUGAAAGCAAUAGCGCACCCGAAAGUAGUGAUGGAAACCACACCGUAUCCAAUAGUGACGAUGGAAACAACGCACCCGUUGAUGGAAACGAAAACAACACGCUUAAUAACGAUGGAGACAACGGCACAGUUAAUAAUAACGAUGGAAACAUGGAACAGCGCAUCUGAUAAUAACAA